GUUGGGGGGAGGCCGCCGAGACGGCCGCGGCCGAGGAGGGGCAGGCUGAGGCCGGGGGUGCGGCAGCGGCGGUGGGGUCAGGCUGCCCUGCGGGAAGUGCGGGUGGCGGCGGCGGGGGCUGGCGGCGGCAGCAGCCCCAGUGCUGCCCCUGUGCGGCGCCCCUUCCCCGCCUGGCCGCGCGCUGUUGUCAUGGAGAAACCAAGAUGGCGGCUCUGGCCUACAACCUGGGCAAGCGGGAGAUCAACCACUACUUCAGCGUGAGGAGCGCCAAGGUGCUGGCGCUGGUGGCCGUGCUGCUGCUAGCCGCCGGCCACCUUGCCUCCCGCCGCUACCGAGGCAAUGAUUCUUGUGAGUACCUUCUCUCAAGUGGCAGAUUUCUUGGAGAAAAAGUUUGGCAACCUCACAGUUGUAUGAUGCAUAAAUAUAAAAUCAGUGAAGCAAAGAGCUGCCUCAUAGAUAAACACAUUGCAUUCAUUGGAGAUUCCAGAAUUCGUCAGUUGUUCUAUUCUUUUGUAAAAAUAAUUAAUCCACAAUUCAAAGAAGAAGGAAAUAAGCAUGAAAACAUUCCUUUUGAAGACAAGAUUGCAUCAGUUAAAGUGGAUUUUCUGUGGCACCCAGAAGUUAAUGGUUCUAUGAAACAAUGCAUCAAAGUAUGGACCGAGGAUUCUGUUGCAAAACCUCAUGUAAUUGUAGCAGGAGCUGCCACAUGGUCCAUCAAGAUUCACAAUGGUAGCAGUGAAGCACUUUCCCAAUAUAAAAUGAACAUUACCUCCCUAGCACCACUUUUAGAAAAAUUGGCAAAGACAAGUGAUGUAUAUUGGGUCUUACAAGAUCCUGUUUAUGAAGAGCUAUUAAGUGAAAAUAGGAAAAUGAUCACUAAUGAGAAGAUAAAUGCCUACAAUGAAGCUGCCGUCAGUAUUUUGAAUAGUAGCACGAGAAAUUCUAAAUCAAAUAUUAAGAUGUUCAGUGUUUCCAAAUUAAUUGCUCAAGAAACCAUCAUGGAAUCUUUGGAUGGCUUGCAUCUUCCUGAAUCAAGCAGAGAAACUAGUGCAAUGAUUCUUAUGAAUGUGUAUUGCAAUAAGAUUGUGAAGCCUGUAGAUGGUUCCUGUUGUCAACCCCAGCCUCCUCUUACUCUCAUACAGAAGCUAGCUGCUUGCUUUUUCACCUUCUCUAUUUUUGGAUAUUUAAUUUUUUAUAUAAUUCAUCGUAAUGCUCAUCGGAAGAAUAAGCCAUGUACUGAUUUGGAAGGUGGAGAGGAAAAGAAAAAUACUGUCAAUAUAUCUAUGUCUCCUUUGGAAAUACUAUUACAGUCUUUCUGCAAACUUGGCCUGAUUAUGGCUUAUUUCUAUAUGUGUGACCGUGCAAAUCUAUUUAUGAAGGAAAACAAAUUUUAUACACAUUCAUCUUUUUUUAUUCCAAUUAUCUACAUCUUGGUUUUGGGAGUAUUUUAUAAUGAAAAUACUAAAGAGACUAAAGUAUUAAAUAGAGAACAAACUGAUGAAUGGAAAGGUUGGAUGCAACUUGUGAUUUUGAUUUAUCACAUUUCUGGAGCAAGUACAUUUUUGCCUGUGUACAUGCACAUUCGAGUUCUGGUUGCUGCGUAUCUGUUUCAGACAGGUUAUGGGCAUUUUUCAUACUUUUGGAUCAAAGGAGACUUUGGAAUCCAUAGAGUUUGUCAGGUCUUAUUUCGUCUCAAUUUCCUGGUAGUGGUGUUAUGUAUAGUAAUGGAUCAGCCUUACCAAUUCUAUUACUUUGUCCCCUUGGUAACUGUAUGGUUCAUGAUCAUCUACGUUACUUUAGCACUGUGGCCACAGAUAAUCCAGAAAAAAGCAAAUGGAAAUUGUCUCUGGCAUUUUGGCUUACUGUUGAAACUAGCCUUCUUGCUGUUUUGUAUAUGUUUUUUGGCAUAUUCUCAGGGUGCAUUUGAGAAGAUCUUUUCUCUUUGGCCAUUGUCCAAGUGUUUUGAACUGAAAGGAAAUGUGUAUGAAUGGUGGUUCCGAUGGAGGUUAGACCGUUAUGUAGUCUUUCAUGGAAUGUUGUUUGCUUUCAUUUAUUUGGCUUUACAGAAGCGCCAAAUACUUUCUGAAGGAAAGGGUGAACCUCUUUUUUCAAACAAAGUUUCAAAUUUUUUAUUGUUUAUUUCAGUAGUUUCUUUCUUGACCUACUCCAUCUGGGCUAGCAGUUGUAAAAACAAAGCAGAGUGCAAUGAACUCCAUCCAUCUGUUUCUGUGGUACAGAUUUUAGCCUUUAUCUUAAUAAGGAACAUCCCUGGAUAUGCUCGUUCCGUUUACAGCUCAUUUUUUGCUUGGUUUGGAAGAAUUUCAUUAGAGCUAUUUAUUUGCCAAUAUCACAUAUGGCUGGCUGCAGACACCAGGGGCAUCUUGGUACUCAUACCCGGAAACCCUAUGCUCAACAUCAUUGUCAGCACUUUUAUAUUUGUCUGUGUGGCACAUGAAAUUUCUCAGAUCACCAAUGAUCUUGCACAGAUUAUUAUUCCUAAAGAUAACGCGUCUCUGUUGAAAAGGUUGGCAUGUAUAACUGCAUUUUUUUGUGGACUCCUCAUCCUAUCAUCCGUUCAAGAUAAAUCAAGACAUUAAUUUCUUCAAAUUCUAAAAAAACUUAAACUUUUGAGGCUCAUUUGUGUCUGCCUACAGAAAAAAGCAUCUAUCUGAAGAUACAAAUGUAAAUAUAAACUUGUGUGGCAGAGGACAACUCAGUGAUGUCUGUGGAACACGUAUGCUUGUAUAUAUUGGAGAUGUACAUAUUUCAUGUGAAAUACUAAUAAAAAAUGAUAAAACAGAAUGCAUUGUAUAGGAUUGCAUGUGAAAAGUAUUUUCUACUGGAAGUAUGUUUCCACUUAGAAGUGAUUUUAAAUUAACAUAUGAAGGCAGGGAAAUUAUUUCCUUUCCAGUACAUAAAUAUUAUAUGGGUCAUCUUAGUGUUGUCACUGAGAGUUUGGAGAUUUACUGAAUUUGUUGUAAUGGACUGUCUGUACCUACAUUCAUCAACACUUCCUAUUUCAUUAAAACUUUCUUAUUUACAGUAUUUUCUUAUAUGUGCAAUGGUGUAGAAUGAUAAAGACUAUGCUUUUAAUUUAUAUGUAUUCAUGUUUUUAUGCUAUAUGUUUCCUUAUAUGAUUGUUUCUCUUAACUGUGGUUUUCGGUUAUAAAAGCCUAAAUCUUUGUAUACUGUGUCUCACAGAGUUAUUCUAGGCUCCAUGACAGGGUUUUGUCAUUGUUUAUGUUGUUGCUUUUGUUAUUAUGAAAAGGCCAAAUUUUGUUUCCAAUCCAAACAUUCAUCCCAUUUCUUUUCCUUCAACGAUAUCAGGUGUAGUUCCAGUUGCCCUGUGGAUCUAUUUAAUUAGUUUUUCCACCACAAAUUGAUUUUUACAUAUUAUUUCCAGUGUUUGGAAAACUCUUUAUAGCCAUUUUGGUAUUUCCUGUUACUCUCUUCAUAUGUUUUUCUCCUUAAAUAUCGAUGUCUAUAAGUUUAAACGUGUACAAUGUAGUAAAGAUUCACGUUGUCACUGAGAUGUAUGACUAUAGUAGAGUUAUAAGUAAACUGGUGACUUGGGCAAUAUGUUUGUUUUUGUUUAUGUUUGUUUUUUACAGGUUAACAGCUAGAGGUAUAAAUUUAUUUAUCUGUUGUACAGAUUUGAUUAUCAUUUUUAAUGUUUGAAAGAUUGCACUUAUUUGCUUUUACAAUGUGUGGGGUAAAAUAUAUUUUCUGUUCACAUUAUAUGAAAAUAUGGAGUAAUUUAAACAGUAAAUAAAUGUUCGUGGAUGCUUAUUUUUGUAAUAAAACUGUCAAACUACAUGUGUUUGUUU